AUGCGGGACUUCGCCGAAGACGAAGGCCACGAUCGCAACGAUUGCACCGACGACGCGACCAAUAGCUACCGGCGCCGGGUGUCCAGCAAUGCCUGUCCGCCACCUGAAAGCGAGGGCUCGGGCGUGAGGUUCUGCGGUGACGUGCACUGCGUGGCCACCUCUCCGGACGCCGUCGGCUCACUAGACCUGUUGUCCCAGAAGUACGAGUCGCUCGACUACGACAUGAUUGAGAAUCAACUAUAUCUGGAGGAACGCAAACGCACGGCCUAUACGGGCGUCCGCCGAACGGAGCUGAUCCGUUGGGUGACAAUAUUCAUCAUCGGUGUGCUGACGGCGCUAACCGCGUGCGUUAUUGUGGUCUUCGUGGAGCUACUGUCCCGAUACAAGUACCAGAAGUUGAAACAGUUUGUCGACCGGUGCGCUCACAGCGACCAUCCCUACUGCAUACUCGUGCCGUACGGCCUGUGGCUGGCGAUGAACGCCAUACCCGUGACGCUCGGGUCGGCGCUGGUGACGUACGUGGCGCCCAUAGCGGCCGGUUCAGGCAUACCUGUGAUCAAGUGCUACCUGAACGGCAUCAAAGUGCCCGAAGUGGUGCGCAUUAAGACCUACUUCGCCAAACUGGUGGGUGUGGUGUUGUCGGUGGCGGGCGGGUUGGCCUGCGGUAAGGAGGGGCCGAUGAUUCACUGCGGUUCGGUCAUCGCCGCCGGCGUAUCGCAGGGAAAGUCCACCACUUUUGCCAAAGACUUCAAAGUGAUGCAAGAGUUUCGCGACGACCGCGAGAAGAGGGACUUUGUAUCCGCCGGUGCGGCUGCGGGAGUGGCGGCGGCGUUCGGCGCACCCGUCGGUGGCGUACUAUUCAGUCUGGAAGAGGGCGCCUCCUUCUGGAACCAGACCCUGACGUGGCGUAUAUUUUUCUGCUCUAUGGUCAGCACAUUCACACUCAAUCUGAUCCUAUCGGCCUAUCAUUUGCACCCUGGUCAACUCUCGUACGCGGGUCUGCUAAACUUUGGCCAAUUCGGCCCUGCUGACUUCAACUACAACAUCGCUGAACUGCCCCUCUACGCGGCGAUGGGCGCCAUUGGCGGGCUAACCGGCGCCGCGUAUAACUAUUUGAACCACCGGUUGACUGUCUUCCGCAUUCGUUACCUCCACCGGCCGGCGCUCAAAGUGGCCGAAGCGGCCACCGUUGCCAUGGCUACGGCCACUAUCGGCUUUUUGAUGAUCGUCUACAUCAGGGACUGUCACACGGAAGUGAAGGAGAACACCGUGGAGUACCCGGUGAGGUACCAGUGCCCUGAGGGCGAGUACUCGGUGAUGGGCGCCCUGUGGUUCAAUACGCCCGAAGCCUCGUUGCGUAACCUGUUUCACAACGUGGAGGGCACGUGGAGGCCCGAAUCGUUGGCCAUGUUUACCGUUAUUUAUUACGGCUUGUCGUGUUGGACGUACGGACUCAGUGUUAGCAGCGGUCUGUUUAUCCCGGCGCUUCUGGUGGGCGCCGCCUGGGGUCGACUCGUGGGCAUCGGUAUGAAGGCCUUGUUUCCCACACAGGACUGGGUAUCGCCGGGAAAGUUUGCCCUAAUCGGUGCGGCGGCCAACUUGGGUGGCAUCGUUCGCAUGACCAUCAGUCUGACCGUAAUCCUGAUCGAGGCCACCGGGAAUCUGACCUUUGGCCUGCCCAUCAUGAUUACCCUGAUUACUGCCAAAUGGGUGGGCGAUAUGUUCGGCGAAGGCAUAUACGAUAUACACAUACAGUUGUCGAGCAUACCGUUCCUGGGAUGGGAGCCCCCGUACGGCGCCUCCAAUAUAUACGCCUCCGAAGUAAUGUCCAGUCCUGUCACCACUUUUAAAGCGUGCGAAAAGGUAGGCGUAAUCAUCGACGCGCUGGAGUCCCAGUCCCACAAUGGGUUCCCC